CCCCCCGCGAAUUUCCAGCCCGCGGGUUCCGGGCGCACGACUCGCCGAUGCCGCCGCCAUGGGCCGCGCGCCGUUCGCGGCGGCUUGGCUCGCGGCGAUCGCCGCGGCCUGCGAUGCGGGCGCCGGCAACGGAGGCGCGGCCGGCUUCGAUUUGCCCUUCUCCUGGCAGCUUGCCGCCGAUGGGUCGCUCACCUCGUGGAGCUACGAUCUGAGUUCCUCGGCGAACACCACGGUGAGCUGCCAGGAGCUCCACUGGGGCAUGGCGGGCAACGCCACGGUGUGCUCCGAUCUGCAGGUGGAUACUUCUGGCUGUGUGCGCGUGGGCUGCCCCUGGCACCGCUUCUCAGUGACCUCUGGAGGCGGCGACCUCUACUCCGCCCCCAGCCGGGACUUGUCCCUUUCCUACUCGACCGGGGCGCCGGCGAAGUGGACGCAGCCCAUCCUGGCACCCGACGGCGCGCUCUACGCGGCGCCCAUGUCCGCGGAGAGCGUCCUGCGCCUCGCCGAGGGCGCCGAGCUCGGCUUCGGCGGCUCCGCGGAGGUCUCGGAGAUUCAGCCCAGCGAGUCCAUCGCCGGUGGCUUCGCGAAGUUCGGGUCAGUGGUCUUGGGCCAAGACGGCUUCGUGUACGCCAUCCCCUACUCCGCCUCGCAGGUCAUGCGCAUCAACCUGGCGCUGGCGGCAGAGGGGAAUUCCUCUGCCUUGGAGUUCUUCGGGGAUGUGGGGACCGACGGCUACAAAUGGCUGCACGGUGUCACCAGUGGGGGCCAGAUCUACGCCGUGCCUGCCGGCGCGUCGACAGUUCUUGCCAUCGACAUUGCAGCGCUGAGUGUAGCACAGCUCGCCAUCGGAUCAACGCUGGCGAGCUCGCUGCAGAACUUCCUCCACUCCGUGGUGUCCCCGCGGACGGGUGAUAUCUUCGCCGUCCCCGCGGACGCCACCUUCGCACUGCACAUCCGCCACUCCACGCAGGAGGUGCUCACACUAGGGAACUUCAGCGAGGACAGCCUGAAGUGGAUGCAUGGCGUGGUGGGCAUUGACGGCCAGAUCUACUGCAUGCCCGGCUCAGCCACGGCCAUCCUCCGCAUCCAUCCCGGCGCAAGCGGCGCAGACGCCACGGUGGAGCUCAUGGAUGGCGGAGGUCUGCUGGAUUCGACAGAGCGGAAAUGGUCGCAGGGCGUGCUGGGUCCCGAUGGCAGGAUCUUCGGGGUGCCACAUGGAGCCGCCCAAGUCUUGGUCAUCGAUACCAGCAACGACCAGGUGAGCUUGAUCGGGCCGCUGCUCAGCGGGGGUCUCUACAAGUGGCACUCGGGGGUACUGGCGCUGGAUGGCGCCAUCUAUGUGGCGCCCUACGACACCGAGCGCGUGCUGCGCAUCAACGCGAGCGCGGAUCUGGUGGAAGAGGUUCUGGAAGGCUUCGCCAUGGCUGGGGAGCAUCAAUACAGCGGCCUCGCGCUGACGCCCUCGGGCGCCAUGUACGGCUUCCCCGCGUACAACGCGGACAUCUUGGCACUGCAGAGCUCACGGGAUCUAUGCCUGGGAGGCCCAGCGCUGCAAGAUGUGUCCUGCAGCCUCGGGCUCCACUGCUCCGUGGAGUUGUCCCCGCUCGACCUCGUCUUGCCGUCGGCGCUGAACGACGGAGACGCCCACGGCGUGCUUUGGGUGGCGCUCGACGCCGCCUGCGAAGAGGUCCUGGCGGUGGUUGGCUUUACCAAUCCGCAGCCCGACUCCUCUGCGGGCGCGUCGGCCUCGAAUCGGAGCUACGCCCUGGGCACGGCGCUGACGGGCGCGGUGUCCCUGGACCACGCGCUGUGCUGGGCGCCCUUCUGGGGCUCCAAGGACCUCACGCGGCUCGGGCAGUUUCAGCUCCGCGGGCCCCGCCAGGACUUCGAUGGGCGGUGCACUUUGGGCCUGCCCUGUCUGGUGGUGCUGCAGGGCGCCGGCCUUGGCUACGGCGCCUUGGUCCUCGCGCAGCUCAACGACACGGCGAGCACUGCGCUGGACCACUGUGCUGAGGCCGUGCCCGCGGAGUUCCUGGGCUUCGGAAACUCCUACUUCGAGGCCAACGAGUCGGACACGAACCAGUCCUUUCUGCUGGGAACCGCGACGAACGGCAGCGCGGGCGGCUAUCACCUGUGUUGGUCUCCUGGACCCUCGGAUCCCUUCCGAACCAGCGUGGGGUCUUUGAUUGUGGAAGGGCCUUACCUCAGCACCGCGCUCUUGUCGCUGCAGUGUUGGGUGGGCUUCGAGUGCCUCAUCCUGGUCAGCGGCCUCAACUUGGCAUCGGCAAAUCGCCUCACGCUGGGCGAGGCGUCGUUUCCGUGCGAGAACCGCAGCGGGGAGGUGCCGGCGAUUUUCCUGGCGGGGCUGUCAAACCCAGCGCUCGCCGGCAGCGAGGAUAAUGCGACCUACUUGCUUGGCACCCCUUUGGCUGCUCAUCCGCAGAGACUGCUGGUAUGUUGGCAUGCCACUGGCGAAGCCACGGGCAUCUCCUAUGCCAGCCUCAUGAUCUAUGGCCCAAUGACUGGCCUGGAAAUUGGCUGCCGCCUCAACGAGACGUGCAACGUCUCCCUUGCCGAUGACUCCAUCGUGGGCAGCCUGGAUGACGGCUUCAGCCUGGACAACCGGCUGCUGCUGGUGAAAAACACCUCCUGCACCUCCGCGUCCGCGUCCGCGUCGGUGUGGGGCAUCGCCCAGCCGAUUGCGCCCUCCAACGCCUCGAACCUCUCCGCGCUCUUCUUCGAUCUGCUCAGGCCAGUGGCGCAGGAUCUGGCUGAAACGGAGGAGGUGGUCGGCACCUACGCGCUGUGCCUCUCGCUGGGCGGGAACUUCAGCAUGGCCCUGGGCAACCUGACGGUGAGCGACGCCCCCUGCGCCGCGCCGUCAAACAUCGCGGGGGCGUUGGCGCCGCCGUGCCUCGACGCAGCAGGAGCUCCGGUGGCGGUUCUGCGGCACGGCGAGAACUGCACCACCGCGUGCGAGGACGAGUUCACCGAGUCCCUACCCCUGCUUCAGUGCGGCUACGGGGAGCUGUCUCCCGCCUCCUUCGACUGCUGGCCCAGGUGCAUGGAGGCCCCUCAGGUGUACAACGGCCUAAGCCACGACUUCUGCGCUGGCCUUCCGCAUGGCUCGCUCUGCAACUUGCAAUGUCCUGCGGACUUUGUGGCCAGCGGCUUCUUGAGCUGCGUCUUUGGACGAUAUGUUCACCAGCCCUUGUUGGCCUUCGAGUUCCUCUUCGGCGUCCCCCGGUGCUACGCCUCCUGCGACGCCUCCGGCGCCUGCGGCGCGGGCUACGAGCGGAUGCUCCACGGCGAGUCCUGCCGCGCAAGGUGCGCCAGCGGCACGCCGGACGUCUUCGAGGUCACCUGCCGCGACGGCGCCAUCGAGUCCUUCGAGUGCCUUGCUGGCUGCACUGAGGGCCCCGGUGUCUUGCACAGCGUGAACGACGCAGAUUGCCAAGGCGCGGGCCAUGGCACCGUCUGCACCUUGCGCUGCGAAGUGGGCUAUGCGAAGACCGGGGACCCGGAGUGCCAUCGUGGCGUUUGGUCCGUGGAGACGUGCCUUGCGCCCUGCGACAUGCCCCAGGUGCCGCAGGCCAACAUCAGCUGCGAGGGGCUGGCGCCGGGGGAGCGAGUGCCACAUUUGGGCCUCUGCGAGCCGAGCUGCAACGGCGCCUUCCUGCCGGAGCUGCUGGACGGCUCCUCCACGCUGCGCUGCUUCGACGGGGCGCUGAGCCCCGCGAGCUUCCGCUGCCGCGCCCCCUGCGACACCAAGCCCGCGGUGGCCUUCGCAGACCAGGCCAUGUUGGAGGCCUGUGUGGGCACCUUGCACAACGCCAGCUGCGAGCUGAAGUGCUUGGGCGGCCGCACCAAGACCGCGGACCUUCACUGCCAGGACGGCUCCUUCAGCGACGCGGCCUGCAUCCAACUCUGCAAUAGUCCCCCCAGCGUUGCCAACGCGCAUCCAGCCACCGGCUGCACGGCGCGACCCUCGGGCGCCACCUGCACGAUCUCCUGCCUCGAGGGCUUCUCCUCGCAGACGGCGGUCUCAGUGUGCCAGGACGGCGCUUGGUCGCCAGUGCGCUGCGACAAGGAGUGCGCGGCGCUGGAGGUGGAGGAUGCUCUUAGCCCGAGCUGCCUGGAGGGCUCCGCGGUGCCCAGCGGAGGGUUCUGCAGCCCGCGCUGCAUCGACGGCCUGCAGCCGGACGAGGCGCAGCUGCGGUGCGCCGUGGGGGUGCUGCAGCCCUCCACCUUCAGCUGUAGCCGCACUUGCGGCGCGGUGGCCAUCGAGAACGCGGCGUCCACAGACUGCGAGGGCAUGCAGUACAAGAAGGUCUGCCCCUUGCUUUGCCUCGCGGGGUUCUUCGCCACUGCGGACCUCUACUGCGGUGCCCAGGGCUGGCAGGACAUCGCCAACGCCUCUACGCUGCCCCGAUGCCUCCAAGUGCGCUGCGCCGGGCCGCUGCCGGCCGUGCCGGGCGCCGACGAGUCCGACGGAAGCCACGGCUGCGGCCAGGCGGUGGGCGCCAACUGCAGCGACGUGACCUGCCCCCCAGGCAGCGUCUUGUCGGGCCACUUCCAAUGCGGUGCCCUCGGACUCUGGGAGGCGGUGGGCGAUGUCCGGUGCGUAGAGCAGCAAUGCCCUGCUCUGUCGCCCUUGAGCACCGUGUGCGGAGACCGGGCGCUGGGCGCCACGUGUCCUUUGAGCUGCCCACCCGGGUACAGCAGUGCUGGCUUCCGCUGCGUGGGCGGCACCUGGCAGCCCCUGGCGGAGCCGGUGGAAUGCACCCCAGGCGCCUGCCGCGGAGUGCCGAGCCUCAUGAACGCCCUGGAGCCUGAGGCCUGCCGCAACCUGCCCUCGGGCCAGACCUGUGCUGGCGCCUGUGUUGCGCCCUGGGUGCCCUGGGGAGUCUUUCGCUGCGAAUCGAUGCGCUGGGUGGAGGUGCCGCUGUGCCUCCCGCAAACCGACGGCGGCGACCUGGUGGAGGCCAUCGCCAUGAGCGCCCUGCUGGAGCCGGACACUGAGGUCACCGCGUAUACCCUCGAGGACUGGGCUGUGCUUGCGGAAGAUGCACUGGAGCUGGCACUGCAGCGCCAGCUGGCGCAACAAGUGCCCGCCACCCUGCCCCUCACAGUGAAGGCCACGGGCCGCCUCGCGGAGCUCGGCGGCAGGCGGCUGCAGGAGCUGAAGCCGGCCACCUGGCGCUUGGAAUAUCAGGUGAUGAUCAUCCCCUCAGCGGCUGCCACAGAGGCCUUGGCGGCGCUGCCGCAGCUGCCUUUGGCCACGGCGGUGCUCCAAGUGCUGCCGCCCCCGCGCCCCGCGCUGCGGCUGACAACUUCGCAGCGCUUGGCGCCGCUGCCGCGGAGCGCCGCCACGGCGCUGGCGGCGGAGGCGCUGGUCCUCACAACCACCACCACGACCACCACGCAGCUGAGCUACGUCUCCGAGAUCUCCCGAGAGACGCAGAACACCACGCAGACCUCCGAGGAACCGGAGGUGGGCUUGGACGAGCGCCUGGUGGCGCUGCUGGUGCUGCUCCCCGUGGGCUGCGUGCUGGGCUUCUGCGUGAGCCGCCGCCUGCGGCGGUUCUUCACCUCCUCCCACGAGGUCACCACCGAGGCGGAGAAGGUGGACUUCCAGUUCGUUUUGAAGGAGGAGCAGCUGGGUGAAGAUGCUGCGGAGAACCAAGUGUCCAUAAGCCAGGUGAAGCAUCACGCGCGGAUGCGAUCCAUGGAGUCUCAGAGGGACGACUUGCAUCAGACCAUGACGGCCACCAUCAUGGCGAAGGCCGCCGCGGAGGUCGAGGCGGAGCGGGCGGCCGGAGACUCGCAGGCGAUGGCGAUGGCCCGCAGCUCGGAGAAGCAGCUGCCGGAGUUCGACAGGGCCAUGGAAGCGCUGCAAGACCCCCAGGCCUACAUGGCGCAGAUGGGCACGUCCCAUGAGCCGGAGCGAAUCGAGAAGGUGAAGCUGUCAAGGAGGGAGAAGCGCGCGGUGCUGCGGAUGGCCUUGGGCGCGUUUCUGGCGGAGGCGUGGUACGGCCUCGUGGAAGCCUUGCCCUGCGGCUGCUGCCGGCGCCGCUGCCGCUGUUGCCGCCGCCCAGUCCACACGACCCCAGGCCGCCGUCGCCGGGAGGCGGAGGAGCAGGAGGAGGAGUGUCCCUCCUCGCCUUCCGAAUACUCGGAGCCUCCCGAGCCGCCAGUGACCCGCGCCUCGGGCCGCAUGAGCCUCUCCUCCUGCGAUGACGCCACGGCCGCGGCGGAUGGCAUGCACCGGGGCCUCGAUGUGGAGCAGGUCCAGGCCAUCCGGGAGUUCUGGAACUUCGCAGGCGCAGAGGAGCUGGUGGCGGAGUACGCGGAGAAGCGGCCCUACCACGCCCAGCGCUUCGAGGAGGGCGACCCCUCGCUGGCGGCGCGGUACCUCUGCACACCCAGUGCUGGCAACGAGGUGAAGGAGAAGGUCUCCGAGCUCCGACUGUACGGAGAUGAGGAGAAGUCGGAGAUCCACACCUUGAAAUUCCGGCCACCCGCCCGGAGCGCCCUCAAGCCGAGUCUCCGCCUCUCCACCGAGGGGACUCCGUCUUCGGAGGCAGAGGAAGAGGCGGAGGGCGACGGCGAGCCAGAGGAGAUCGACGAGUCGGGAUCCGAGUCGAUGGGCUCCGAGUCCUCCGACGAGUCCAGCUCCGAGUCCGGCCCAGGAGAGUCGGGCCAGCCAGUGCCCGAAUCUCUUGGUGCAACUGCCAUGGAGAUGGAGGUCCUCGCAGACCUUCAGGAGCUGCCGUCCAUCCCGCCCCCGGACGCGGAUCAGCUCCGGGCGGCCCUGGACCGCGCGAAGCGGUCCCCGCUCUACGGCGACGGUGCGCGGGCGAAGCGGCGGGAGCGGAGGAAAAAAGCACAGGCACGAGGCUUGGAUGUUCAGUGCACUUUGCUGUGA